UCACCAAGGGGCACAUGUACCACACAAUGAUCACCCGGGGAAACAUGUACUAUAGGAUAAUUACCCAGGGGAACAUGUACCACAGAUUAAUCACCAAGGGGAACAUGUACCACACAAUGAUCACCCAGGGGAACAUGUACCUCAGAAUAAUCACUCUGAGGAACAUGUACCACACGAUGAUCACCCAGGGGAACAUGAACCACAGAAUAAUCACCCAGGGGAACAUGUACCUCAGAAUAAUCACCCAGGGGAACAUGUACCUCAGAAUAAUCACCCAGGGGAACAUGUACCUCAAGAUUAUCACCCAUGGGAACAUGUACCAUAAGAUGAUCACCCAGGGGAACAUGUACCAUAAGAUGAUCACCCAGGGGAACAUGUACCUCAGAAUAAUCACUCUGAGGAACAUGUACCACACGAUGAUCACCCAGGGGAACAUGAACCACAGGAUGAUCACCCAGGGGAACAUGUACCACAAGAUGAUCACCCAGGGGAACAUGUACCACAGGAUGAUCACCCAGGGGAACAUGUACCACAAGAUGAUCACCCAGGGGAACAUGUACCACAGGAUGAUCACCCAGGGGAACAUGUACCACAAGAUGAUCACCCAGGGGAACAUGUACCACAGGAUGAUCACCCAGGGGAACAUGUACCACAAGAUGAUCACCCAGGGGAACAUGUACCACAGGAUGAUCACCCAGGGGAACAUGUACCACAAGAUGAUCACCCAGGGGAACAUGUACCACAGGAUGAUCACCCAGGGGAACAUGUACCACAAGAUGAUCACCCAGGGGAACAUGUACCACAGGAUGAUCACCCAGGGGAACAUGUACCACAAGAUGAUCACCCAGGGGAACAUGUACCACAGGAUGAUCACCCAGGGGAACAUGUACCACAAGAUGAUCACCCAGGGAAACAUAUACCAUAAGAUGAUCACCCAGGGGAACAUGAACCACAGGAUGAUCACCCAGAAUGUGACAAAAAUUAUACAGCUCACUCUCAAUCCUAAAAAAAUUGAGCUCACUUGUGUGAUGAUUAUACAGUUCAACGGCUCCUGUGUGAGUGAGCUAAGCUAUAUACAAUAUGUACAGUAUACAACAAGCACAUGACUUCAAUGAAGUUUACAAUCCAUAUUUACAGUGAGAAAACACCAAAGUAGAACACUUACCUGUACUGUCCGUAUUUUCAAUGUCAGUAAUAGAAGUUUUGUAGUAAAUGAUCACAGUAAAAUACAGCACUUACACAUAUAACAGCACUUAACACAUAUAACAGCACUUAAUACCUUAUCCAAUAUGUAACACAAGCACACCCGUUUCUCUAUCAGCUCCCUUUCUCAGCACUUAAGUUUGGGAACCACAGGGAUUUAUACAGGUGUUUUUUUCUGGACUUCUAGAAAUAGGUCCCAUAUACCUAAACGUUACAAAUCUCUGUGUUUAAACAUGACUUAUAAACUUCAAUCAGAAGUCAAAUACAACUUGUUGCCAAAAUUGCAUAGAGAUUUAUUACCUUACACGUCAAAAACUUACAAAGUAAAGGAAACAUCUGGAAAAUUUCUGACAUCGAAGUUAAGUAUAUAAAACAAAUAAAUCAAAGAAAACAGUAAAAUUCCAUCUUUAAACAAAUUUAGUAUUCAUUUCUAUUUCAUUUUCCUGUACAAAGUUGUUAUUCCAUUUAACUCAUUCACCCCUGAAAUUUCAUAAUGAACUAUUGAAAUAUUUGAAUUGGAAGAGUUCAAAUGUGUCUUCAGGGGUGAAUGAGUUAAUACUCUAGAAUAAUUCUAUGUCGCAGAUUAUGAUCUGAAAAAUUAUGAUUUAAAUGUGACUGUAGAAUUACCACAUUUAACAGUUACUGUCAACUAACAAUGUAAUAGUUGAUGGAAGCCCUUCUCUACAGAACUAUCAAACUAGCUUAACUCAUUCACCCCUGAAAUUUUAUGAUGUACUAUUCCAACUUUUGAAUUGGAAGAGUUCAAAUGUGUCUUCAGGGGUGAAUGAGUUAAUUAAGUCACACAUGGUGUAAAAAUAUUUAAAAAAGGAAGUGAAACAAUUGUACACUGAUGAAAAUGAAAUCUGUGAGGAUAAAAUAUGAAUAGAUGCUCUCCAUCCCAUAAGUACUGUUGUUUGUAUACUACUGGGUGAGUUAUAGAAUCACUGCUUUUUAUGACUUAUAUCCUGGUCACCAAUACUGGUGCAAUGAUACUCAGAGGCCUAUCCAGGAAUACUGACGGGAAGGACCCACACUUACAGAAAUUCUCAUGGAGUCUGAAUGACAGGAGUUCAACCCAAGAACCAGGACAAAGUCAGAAGUGAACUUUCAAGAGGUUUUUAUGAGUUUAAGGAUUAAAGAGACAAAAGAAAAGAAUGUGCUCAGAGAUGAACAAAAACCAAUUUCUGGAUACAUUAGAAAUUGAUGUAAAUGAAAACAUAAAUUGCUCUCCAACACACAAAUUACUGAUUAAAUAAUCCUGUAACAGGUAUGAUUUCAUUGUUUUACCAGUUAAGCAGGCAGAUAUAUAGCAGUAAAUGUUAUCAAUUCUUGUAGUAGAACGAUAUUAAAGAAGCAUUGUUGGAAAAUGACUGUGAAAUCAAUUAGAAAGUUUAAACUCAGUCUUUGUAAAUAACAUAAUCAUGGACAUUCCAACAUUUAGGAAAAACCGAUAAUAAACUUAUCUAGGUUAAAAAUACAAAAUCACAAAAACAACAAUUUUAAAACUUUACCUAGCUGCUGACUAGACGUGUCAUCCACAAGAUUAUAUUUCCUGAACAUUUCCACUGAUAAGUAGUCACAGUUUAACACUUUAGAGUGGACGAAACAACAAUCUCUACAGCAUCAUUUCUUCAAAUCUAACAAAGGUCACUACAGCAACACCUCCGUAUACUGCCUUCAAAUUUAACAAAGGUAAGUACAGCAACACCUCCGUAUAUUGCCUUCAAAUCUAACAAAGGUAAGUACAGCAACACCUCCGUAUACUGCCUUCAAAUCUAACGAAGGUAAGUACAGCAACACCUCCAUAUACUGCCUUCAAAUCUAACAAAGUUAACUACAGCAACACCUCCGUAUACUGCCUUCAAAGGUAAGUACAGCAACACCUCCGUAUACUGCCUUCAAAUCUAACAAAGGUAAGUACAGCAACACCUCCGUAUACUGCUUUCAAAUCUAACAAAGGUCAUUACAGCAACACCUCCGUAUACUGCCUCCAUUUAUCUAUCAUCAGAUACCAGCGGUUGAUUAGUUUACACUUACCAUACCAGUAAGUGUAGCACAAUUGACCAUAGGUAUCUUGUCAUACCGUUUAUCAAGAGAUUCUUACAGAGGGAAACAUACUUUUAUUUAUUGUUAUAUGGUAUUGCUUUUUUAAUAAAAACAAUGCAAUUUUUAAAACAAUGUAAAUGCUGCAUUGUCACAAUUAUCCCUUGUACCUCACAACUGUAAAUCUCAACAUUUGUUUUAACAUAUUUCUGAUACUGUCAAAUCAAAGUGCUUUAUGAGAUAUAUCAAGAUGUGUGUGAAUUGUUCACCGUGGUAAGGCAGAAACAAUAACAAAUGUCUACUACAAUCACAAGUAACAACUGAUAUCAGUAGGCCAUUAUUCAAAACAUAAUGCUGACGUUGGUUUGAGGUUAAUGGCAACUCACUGGUUAAAAGAACGACUUGUAUAAACAAUCCUAAUGCUAGAUAUCUCCCUACUGUGGAUCAAUCUAGAUAUCUCCCUACUGUGGAUCAAUCUAGAUAUCUCCCUACUGUGGAUCAAUCUAGAUAUCUCCCUACUGUGGAUCAAUCUAGAUAUCUCCCUACUGUGGAUCAAUCUAGAUAUCUCCCUACUGUGGAUCAAUCUAGAUAUCUCCCUACUGUGGAUCAAUCUAGAUAUCUCCCUACUGUGGAUCAAUCUAGAUAUCUCCCUACUGUGGAUCAAUCUAGAUAUCUCCCUACUGUGGAUCAAUAUCAAUAAUGUGGAUACAAUAGGAAUUAUAGAGGCCAGCACUGUAUCAAACAAAAUCAUCAAAAAAUAACAAAACUGGUAAAUUGUGGAGAUUCAAUAUUUUGGUCAGAGUGGUGACUUAACUCAUUCACCCUUGAAAUUUCAUAAUGAACUAUUCCAACCUUUGAAUUGGAAGAGUUUAAAUGUGUCUUCAGGGGUGAAUGAGUUAACAAACCUACUGGGCGAAUCUUGUUCAAUAUUGACCUACUCUGUUAGAUUAUACAAGAGUAGGGUGUAUAGUUUGGCAGACAUCACUUAUAAUAUAGGGUUACGUGCCACCACCAUGGUUAAUGAUCGUAUUUUGUUAAUCCCUCGUGUUGGGACGUUAACAUCACAGUAAUAUAAGUUUAUAUACAGAGAGAACCAAUAACAACUUCAGUAUAAACAAAUUAUAAUAUUUCAGGAGACUUGGUCUUGGGUUUAUCUGACUAAGUUUUCCACUGUGGAGAAAUAAUGACGACAAAGGAACACUAAAACACUAAAACCACAAUAUUCCAUUAUACUCCACUUUCACACAAUAUUCAAUUUAAUUAAAAUCAAAAGUUAUAUAAUUAUAUAUAUCAAUUUAAAAAAAAACAGCCUUUAAAUAAUCAAAACGUUCCUAUAAUAUGUAUAAAUACCUCUACGGUGUACAUAUGUUCAACUGUAAGUUGUUGUCCCAGGGGG